UGCAUCCAUUUUAGUAACAUUUUUUACACCUUACCUUUUAAAUAACUGAGACAUUUAUUUGAGACACAGAAAUGUGCCAAGUGCUUUAAAAAAAACCACCAUUAGGGCGCCUGGGUGGCUCAGUCAGUUAAGCACCCGACUUUCGGCUCAGGUCAUCAUGAUGUCACGGUUCGCUCGUGGGUUCAAGCCCCGCGUCUGGCUCUGUGCUGACAGCUCAGGGCCUGCAGCCUGCUUCAGACUCUGUGUCUCCCUCUCUCUUUCUCUGCCCCUCCCCCGCUUGCACUCUAUCUCUCUCAGAAAUAAACAUUAAUUUUUUUUAACCAACGUUUUGUAGAAAGGAAAUGAAGGCUCAGAGAGGUAGAGUUUUUGGUCACACAGGGGACUCAAAUCUGGAACAGACGAUGGACCCAUUAACAAAGGAGCUGCACCGUCCCUACAUUUUUGCCAGGAAAAUCGUUAUUAUGCCUUAAAUCUUUUUAAGUUUAUUUAUAGAUUUUGAGUGAGAGAGCACGGGUGCGAGUAGGGGAAGGGCAGAGAGAGCGAAUCCCAACCAGGUUCGUUCUCACGAACCAUGAGAUCACGACCUGAGCCAAAAUCCAACUGAGACACCCACGUGUCCCACGUUAUGCCUUAAGUCUUGAGCCACUUCUUUCAGGUAGGAAACCUUUCCAAUGAUUCCUUGUUCCGAAUCCCAGCAGCUUCUGAACAGCAUCGCACCUGACAACAUGCCUAGUAACGCCUGUCAAGCGCUAGCUUGAUUCUGACACUGAAGCGGCGCCGGGCUUACUGUACAUACUGUUUGUACAUCGGGGAUCUCACGAAGCGCCCCGGAGAAUUCAACAUUAGCCUUUAAAAUAGAAGACGCUCUGAGGCCUUUACUUAUGAACCCCGAGCUGUGGUUGGCCGAGCGUCUGACUUGCUCACCGGGCUCUCCCACGAGCAGUCUGUGAAUCCUCUAGUCGGGCCUCAGUUUCUCCAUUUGUCAAAGGGCGACUGGAAGAUGUCGAGUAGUUCGGCUCUGCCCUUCGGAGGCCUGGGCCCGGCAGGGCAGCCGGACACUACAUUGGGGGUUUGAUUGCAGGACUUAAGAACUGGAGCGCUAGCCGACGCCGGUCCCGGGGCAGCAAGAUCUGUCCGGCCGUUCCCGACACCUGCAUCUCGGGUCUUCUAGGCCUCUAGCGAGAGACACAGGGAGAUGGGAGGAAGCUCCGCCAGGUAGCCUCGGAUGGAGGUUGAAGAUCCCGGACCAAAUUCGGCCACUACAAGUAUACUCUUGGGACAGCCUCUCAAAGAGGUUUCCGCCAACGUACACGCGAGAGACGGGUGUAAGAUGGCAGCCACGCAGGCGCAUAAACUAGCAGCAGGGGGAGACUCCGCCUCCCGCCCUGAACCACGUGGUGAUGCCGCUUAAAACCGCCAUUGAAAAAAAGAACGGCGACCAUAUCACAUGAUGGAGACCUACCAAUACCAAAGGAAAGCGCCAAAGUCCUUGUCACGUGGCCAAGACUCUGUAUUGGCCACUGUCACAUGAUCAAGGACUCGAAAAGGGAGGUAAACGUUUCGACUCCACGUGACCAGAACGCAACGGCUACGCUCUUGCCACGUGACUAAAGCCCACCUCCUUAUCUCUUUUCGUUGCUCCCUCCCUCCCGGGCUGGGCCUGCGUCAAGCGGCAACGCGGCGGCAGGGGGCGGGGCCCCAGCCGAUCACGUGGCCCGCACCUCCCCGGCGCGCGCCCGCCCGCCCGCUCGCCCCCGGCCCCGGCUCCUCCUCCUCCUCUUCUCGCCAUUGCAGUUGGACUCAGCAGCCCGGUGCGCACCGCGUGGCUUUUGGGGGGAGACCCCGGCGGGCUGUGGUAGGAGGGCGGCGGCGGCGGUUGCGGUCGGGGAAGGGAACGCCGACAAGAUAGUUGAAGUAUUGAUAACACCAAGGAAAUCUGUCACAGUUUGAAAAGAUAAGCAAACAUUUGAUUUCCAGACACUACAGAAAAAAGAAGUAAAAAUGCGUCCGAUGCGAAUUUUUGUGAAUGAUGAUCGCCACGUGAUGGCAAAGCAUUCUUCUGUUUAUCCAACCCAAGAGGAACUGGAGGCCGUCCAGAACAUGGUGUCCCACACAGAGAGGGCUCUCAAAGCUGUGUCUGACUGGAUAGAUGAGCAAGAGAAAGGAAGCGGUGAGCACGCUGAGUCUGAGAACGUGGAUGUGCCCCCAGAGGACGAGACCAAAGAAGGGGCUGGGGAGCAGAAAACGGAGCACAUGACCAGAACCCUGCGGGGUGUGAUGCGUGUUGGCCUCGUGGCAAAGGGCCUGCUGCUCAAGGGGGACUUGGAUUUGGAGCUGGUGCUGCUAUGUAAGGAGAAGCCCACCACUGCCCUCCUGGACAAGGUGGCCGACAACCUGGCCAUCCAGCUUGCUGCUGUUACAGAAGACAAGUACGAAAUACUCCAGUCUGUCGAUGAUGCUGCGAUUGUGAUAAAAAACACAAAAGAGCCUCCAUUGUCCCUGACCAUCCACCUGACCUCCCCUGUUGUCAGAGAAGAAAUGGAGAAAGUAUUAGCCGGAGAAACGCUAUCAGUCAACGAUCCCCCGGACGUUCUGGACAGGCAGAAAUGCCUUGCUGCCUUGGCGUCCCUCCGACACGCCAAGUGGUUCCAGGCCAGAGCCAACGGGCUGAAGUCGUGUGUCAUUGUCAUCCGGGUCCUGAGGGACCUGUGUACCCGCGUGCCCACCUGGGGUCCCCUCAGAGGAUGGCCCCUCGAGCUUCUUUGUGAGAAGUCCAUCGGCACAGCCAACAGACCCAUGGGUGCCGGCGAGGCCCUGCGGAGAGUGCUGGAGUGCCUGGCGUCGGGCAUCGUGAUGCCAGAUGGUUCUGGCAUUUAUGACCCUUGUGAAAAAGAAGCCACUGAUGCUAUUGGGCAUCUAGACAGACAGCAACGGGAAGAUAUCACACAGAGUGCGCAGCAUGCUCUGCGGCUUGCUGCGUUUGGCCAGCUCCAUAAAGUUCUGGGUAUGGACCCUCUGCCUUCUAAGAUGCCCAAGAAACCAAAGAAUGAAAACCCAGUGGACUACACAGUUCAAAUCCCCCCCAGCACCACCUAUGCCAUUACACCCAUGAAACGCCCGAUGGAGGAAGACGGGGAGGAAAAGUCUCCCAGCAAAAAGAAGAAGAAGAUUCAGAAGAAAGAGGAGAAGGCAGAGCCGCCUCAGGCUAUGAAUGCUCUCAUGAGACUAAACCAGCUGAAGCCAGGACUGCAGUAUAAGCUGGUUUCCCAGACCGGUCCAGUCCACGCCCCCAUCUUUACCAUGUCUGUGGAGGUAGAUGGCAACUCCUUCGAGGCCUCUGGACCGUCCAAAAAGACUGCCAAGCUUCAUGUGGCCGUUAAGGUGUUACAGGACAUGGGCCUCCCUACCGGCGCUGAAGGCAGAGACUCCAGCAAGGGGGAGGACUCGGCCGAGGAAACGGAAGCGAAGCCGGCCGUGGUGGCCCCUCCCCCUGUGGUGGAAGCCGCUUCAACCCCCAGCGCCACCUUCCCCUCAGAUCCCACUGCCGAGAACGUAAAACAGCAGGGGCCGAUCCUGACCAAGCACGGCAAGAACCCUGUUAUGGAACUCAAUGAGAAGAGGCGCGGCCUCAAGUACGAGCUCAUCUCCGAGACUGGGGGCAGCCACGACAAGCGCUUCGUCAUGGAGGUCGAGGUGGAUGGACAGAAGUUUCAGGGUGCUGGCUCAAACAAAAAGGUGGCAAAAGCAUAUGCUGCUCUCGCUGCACUAGAAAAGCUGUUCCCCGAUGCCCCUCUCGCCCUGGAAGCCAACAAGAAGAAGAGAGCCCCCGUGCCUGUGAGAGGUGGACCGAAAUUUGCUGCUAAGCCACAUAACCCUGGCUUCGGCAUGGGAGGCCCCAUGCAUAAUGAAGUGCCCCCGCCCCCCAACCUCCGAGGGCGGGGAAGAGGAGGGAACAUCCGAGGUCGAGGGAGAGGGAGAGGAUUUGGUGGCGCCAACCACGGAGGCUACAUGAACGCCGGCGCCGGAUAUGGCAGCUAUGGGUACGGAGGCAGCUCGGCAACGGCAGGCUACAGUCAGUUCUACAGCAACGGAGGGCAUUCUGGGAAUGCCGGUGGUGGCGGCGGCGGGGGCGGUGGUGGCUCCUCUGGCUACGGCUCCUACUACCAAGGCGACAACUACAACUCACCAGUGCCCCCGAAACAUGCUGGGAAGAAGCAGCCCCACGGGGGCCAGCAGAAGCCCUCGUACGGCUCAGGCUACCAGUCCCACCAAGGCCAGCAGCAGUCCUACAACCAGGGCCAGUACAGCAACUACGGCCCCCCACAGGGAAAGCAGAAGGGCUAUAAUCAUGGACAAGGCAACUACUCCUCCUACUCAAACUCCUACAGCUCCCCCGGGGGCGGGGGCGGAUCAGACUACAGCUACGAGAGCAAAUUCAACUACAGUGGUAGUGGAGGCCGGAGCGGCGGGAACAGCUACGGCUCAGGCGGGUCGUCCUACAACCCAGGGUCACACGGGGGCUACGGCGGAGGUUCUGGGGGCGGCUCCUCAUACCAAGGCAAACAAGGAGGCUACUCGUCACAGUCCAACUACAACUCCCCCGGGUCCGGCCAGAAUUACAGCGGCCCUCCCAGCUCCUACCAGUCCUCACAGGGCGGCUACGGCAGAAACGCAGACCACAGCAUGAACUACCAGUAUAGAUAAAGCCCCCCGAGGGGUGAAGAUUUGUACCUUCUGCACUUCCCCCUCGUCGUAAGAUUCAGUUUUAUGCAUCACAGUUAACAUGUCAGCUGGCCCCUCCAGGCCCCCUCGCCCCAACCUGUCCACAUUGCUGUGUUGUGCGGUGCAGCUGGUCACUCCCGUGACCCGUCCUGUGACCCUUAUUUAGCUGUGUUUGGGACUUCCGUGUCUUCGAUGGUUUGUUAGUUGCCAUUACAACUGUCUGAGUAGAGUUUGAGUUCUUACAGUUAAGUAUCCCUCUGUCUAUUUACAAUUGGUGUUAGCGUUAACUCAGUUUGUCUUUAAAUAGCUCCAGAAGGGAUACAUCAUCUGUUAAUGCUUUUGUGAAGUGAGUUAAACGAGCUUUCUGUAUUUUAAUGCUUUAGUGUUUCAGUUUUAUAAGUGAAGAUUUUAUUUUAAAAACCAGUGGGAAAGAGUGGGGUUUUUUUUGUAUGUCUGGAUCAUUCAGGCAGUACAUCUGAAUUAAGCUGAAUGUAGACAAAUAAAAGAAAAAGAAAACUCUGCGCCCGUCGUAGGCCUGGGUGUCUGACCCACCAGCAGUGUGAUGGGCAGGUUCCCCCACUGUUCCCAGCAUGGGAAUGCGGGGCGGGGGUGGCAGGACAGCCCCUCGUCACCCAAGGGUCCAGUUCCAGGCCUCUCGAUGCCUUCACUCCAAGGUUGGCCAGGGCCAGCAACCCGGUAACACGGGAUCUUGUUUUGUCAGUGUCCUGGGGGGCUCCAGGUGGUCUGCAGAGUGGCCUACGCUCCUGUUAGGGGUUUGCUCCCACAAGUCAGCAUGCUUGCUUUCUUGCCCCGUGAAUUCUGGCGUAGCUUUAAGUACAGUUUCAUGUCACUGUGGAGUGGAACUUACGUAGGUUUGGUACGUGUAACCCAACUUGCAAAAGGCCAGUUGAAUCUGGCUAAAGCACCCCCAAGAUCUGGGAAGCCCAGCCUGGAACCUUCUCUGUCUGGAUGGUGUGGUUUUGUGUCCCCAACAGCUGCAGCCUCGUGGUGCUGCCCCCCGCCCAGAGGUUCCGAGUGUGCAGGCGGGGUUCUUUCUAGCUGCCCAGCCCUGUUCUAACAGGUUUCCCUGGAGUGGUGCGUCUCAAUCACAGGCAGUUUUGCAUUGGGGGACGUUUGUCACCUAGCGGGUGGGGGCCAAGGAUGCUACUGACCGCUCUGCUUAAGUGUCAGCCACGUGGAGGUGGAGAAACCUGCCCUGAGAGCAGCCCUUCCCCACUCUGGCCCUGCCCCAGGGGGUGGGCAGGGGGCAGCGCUGUCCUUGCCUUUGCCCAGGCUUCGACUCUGUCUGGGAAGAGCCUCUCCAGUGAGUCUGGGCUGCACGUCUGCAGGGACCCUUCUCCUCUUCCCAUCUCUCUGCUAUCCCUCAGACCAGGCAUCGUUCGAAUUCUGAACUGCAGGCAGUCCUUGGCCUCCUGUGCUUGAUGAACCAUAGCCUUGGGGAGAAGAGCAAACCAUUCUCGAUUCAGAACUCCUCAGCUGAGGCAGAAAAUCCAGUGUGCCUUCAAAGGAUGAAGAUUUGCCUUGGAGAGGUGGAAGAAAGGUGUUCUGCACUUAAAAAGAAAAAAAAAUAUGGGAAGAAUUUGGCCUUCUGCUGGAGCAGAGGAGGACCCAGAUACCAGUGGUCCAGCGUGGGGAGAGGGAGGGAUGGUGUGAUGCCCACCCAAGAGGCAGUCCACAGUGCAAGCACCAGGGUGGCCUGCGGUACACUGGAUGUGUGUGUGCAUGUGCACUAAUAGAGACGAGAGACAGGCCUUAAGGAUGGGUCCCAACCCAGACUUCGAUGGGAUAUGAUAUGUCCAUGACCCAUCUCUCCUGGACACCUCCAGGGGCUGGGAAAAGGAGAUCAUUGGGACCCUGUGUUGAAAUGAGAAGAUCCAGGCUGUGGGUGGGGCCUGCACCACUCCGGAACCCACAGGGAAGAACGUCCCCCCGCCCCACCUCCAGAUGCCUUCAAGCUGUGGGCCUGUAUUCUCAGCUCGGGUUUCCUCGCCAUCAGUUUCCCAAGCAGUGACCACCACCACGUUGAAGUUUCUGAAUGUAGACCCUUCACAAGGGCAAGAAUCUCGAAGGCAUUGGAGAAAACUCCCAGGCCACCUUGAUGUGGAGACCUCAGGGAGCUGUUACUUGGUGCCAUGUUCUUCUUGUGAAAAACGGCAGAUCUCCAGGUUGCUGGUCGCUGAGGGAUGCUGGUCUGAGUCCCUGGGCCUGGCCUGAGUGCUCCCAAAGCCAGGACAAGUGUUACUGACCUGAGAGACUUCCGUUGCCAAGAAGAAAGCAGUGUCUGAGAAGCAGGAUCUUUCCUUGUUUCAUCUAGUUUCUGGUGACUUCUGGGCAUUCCUUGGCUUGUGACUGCAUUCCUCCAGUCUCUGCCUCCACCUUCACAUGACCUCCCUGAGAGCCUCUUGUGUCUCAGAUCUCCUUCUUACAAGGACACCAAUCAUUGGAUUUCAGGUCCACCCUAAUCGUGGGUGAGCACAUCCCAAGAUCCUUCACAUUCAUAGGUAUUGGCACUUAGGAGUUGGAUAUAUGUUUUUGGGAGAACAGUAUUCAACAGCCUGCAAAAGCGUUGGGUGAAGACUUCAUCCCAUGCUGCUAGAACAGCCCUGGGAGUUUGUUGACCACAGCCAGGAUCGCCACGGUCAGCAUGGCCAGUGCCUGUCCUGAAGCGACAGCUCAUGAGCACACGUGCCUUGGCAUCCUAACUGCUUGGGGACUUCAUUGGUGCUAAUGGCACUGUGGUGUAGCCGACCAGGAACAGUAUCUCAACCCUCAGGACUGCCACCCCAGGGAGCUGGGUUCAGGAAGGUGUGGCUGACACCAUGAGCAUGGAGAAGACCUGGGUGCUGGCCUGAUCGAGUCCUUUCCAGCCUGCUGCCCUGCAAGCCCAGGAAGCCAGCCUGGAGGAGGUUCUCAGAUGCUUCUCUGGGUCCUCCUCAGCCAGGGACACGGUAGGCAACAGAGAGAUGCUUCGGUCCGCGUGCUGCCAGAGAGGAUGGUGACACGCGUCUUUCAGUCACCAGUGGAGAUCACCAGGAGCAUCAGCAGGAAGAGCCAGUGGGCCCACAAGCUUAGCAAGUUGGUCAGGAUAGGGUUAUUUGGUGGAUAGACCAUGAGUGUCAGGGACCUGGGACUGGACACCACCCCAGAGGGCUCAGGAUGCUUUUGGAGGGAGGAAAGGAGAAAGACCUCUACUGAGGGAACAGCUGGCCGUGUGUGGUGGGCUGAGGUGACGUCACAGGGGCAGAGCUUUGCAGGGAUUUUCAGAUGAUCCCACGGGGAGGUGUGGGGUGGUUGAGACCUAGGACCAAAGGGGCCCUCUAAGCAGUAGUGGGGCACAUCCAGUAUUUCCACCUUUCUGCAUUGAGCAGAAUCACUAGAGUCCUGGUUGCCCCUCUGGAGUGGGGUCCAGUCUCACCUGGAAGUCAACACCAGCUGCCUCCACUCUGGCAGGGAAACAUGCACUGUUCCUCUGACCACUGACCAUUCUUGAGUGGUCAGCAUGGCCUGUUCCGCCCCUAGGGACUGGCCUGGUCCAGCUGGGCUCAGCCUCAGGACUCAGUCAGUCUCCAGGUGUGAGCCCGCCCCACACUGUCUGUGCCCUUUGCAGGCCUCUCCUGAGACUUCUGGACACAAAUCUUGGGCCACCCACCAGCAAGCCUUGGCCUGGAUGCUCAUUCUAACCCAUCCCAGAAUAAACGGAAGCUUCAUGUGUUCA